GCACAAUUUCCCAAUAUGCCGGGGUCCACACAAGAUGAACUGGGCACGCUCUUGGAACCAUUGCUUGAUUACGGGUGCUCGCAUUGGAAAAUUAGCAGCCAGCGCGCAGCAGACUUGUAUGACUUGGGGAUCAAGCUAUGGAGAAAAGAGGAUCUCGUCAGCAUCGAACGCCAACUAGCGCAGUCGCGCACCGCGGAGAAGUUCACGGUCCGCCGUAUCGACGGGAGUGUCAUCCACAUCAAGAACCCGAUGUUUGGGGUGCAGAAACCAAUCUGGACGCCAUAUAUUAAGUUCCAAGAGUUCUGGCGCCUCGUCCGAAGCACACCGGACGGUCCACCCGAGACGUACCUCUGCACGUAUCUCGUAGACUGGACCAACCAGACGAUACGUAACUAUGAGGGGCCGUUCGAAAACGUGCGGUUGCUGUUUGAAACCAGUGGAAAACGAUGGGACGCAAGCACGACUUACGAGGCCUUCACGUCGCAAUUUCGUGAGCUCCUGGGCGGAGAUGGGAAUAGAAAGAGGGUGACUAAGAUCGUCUGUUUUGGGUUGUGCGAUCUCAACUUCAAGCCACCCGAUUGGUGGAGAGCAGAGAACGAGUCUAAGCCAGAACAUGAACAGGAGCUGGAAACAAGCGUGGUAGAAGGGGCCUUAAUACAUCAUGCGAUUGCAUUGACGAUAGCCGAUAUAGCCCGUUCUUGUGCUGAAACCGGGGAUACCGGGGUAAGGUUGCUUACCCAAGACCCGCGUUACUCGGAUGAGACAAAGGAUUUAUUACGAGAGAUUGGGUUUGAGGUUAUAGGAGAAUAUGGGGCAGGAGGCUUUGCAGAACUUGAUAACGAGUCUAUAGUAUUCUCUCCUUUCGCUAGCGCGCCAGUCAAGCAGAUCAUUGCCGAUCUCGCGCGGCCGCCUGCUAUUAUCUGCGCUGGGGGUACUGAGGUCUUUAACCAUUUAAAAAAACCGUAUGCAGACCCGGAAUCUCCAAGGAUGAGGUAGAUGUGGAAGGGCUACAAAAGAUGGAACUUUCCGGUUCCAUCCGAAGGUAUCCAGCUAGAGGGCUCGCUACAUCAGUUGGUAAUAUAUGAUAGAAUUGAGGAGUAGAACCUCGAAGGUAAUAAAUUUCUACUCUCUAUAAUAAUACAAUUGAAACUCUCAGGUUCUUUUUUAUUACUUACUCUGGCUCUUACUCGCCAGUAUGCAGCAAUAUAAGAGUUACUUUCU